AUGGCCGUGGCUCUCGGUGACUUUCGCGUGACGCGGAAUCUACCUCGCAAAGACUAUCUGGCCCUUAACAACGGGCUCGACAGGUCGCUUUCGCCUUCCUCGCCGGUCCUUGAGCAAAGCACUGUCUCAGACACGCAAGAAUACGAUGACGGUGAAGGGCCACUGCCAGCCGAGUCGGUCUCGCAGGUGUCCGGUGGCUUCGCAACGGUUCUCACAUCAGAAUCUGAGGAACUUUGUCUGUCGACAGGCCCGAGCGUUGUAGAGUCCGCGGCGAAGAGGCGAAAAAUGCAUACUAGCUGGACUCAAGACCAUUUUUGGAUCACCGAACUUGACGUGCAGUGGAGCAAAAGAGGUCGGCUUCCACAGAAUGAUCGCUUGCUCGUCUGUAAGCGGUGUAGCUGGUCGUCCUCCGACUCGUCUCGCCACGGCACGACUUCAAAUUUGCUCACUCAUCUUCGCACACGCCAUCGCAUUGGGCCGGGUUCAGCGUCGAGAGAAAGCCCGGCUCGAGGCCCUUUAGACCGCAUGUUGAGUUCCAGGCAGGAGGGCAAUAGCCUUGAACAAGCACUGGUGCGAUGGGUCGUUCAGACAAGACAACCUUUCACCACGGUUGAGCCCUCGAGCUUCAAGGCGAUCUUUGAUACUGCAGGAGUCCAGCUACCCCUGAGAUGUGCCGACACUCUCCGUGACCGUGUCAAGAAUGAGUUUGAAGAUUAUCGGUCCCUUUUGUACGAUUUGCCUCCCAUGGUGACGUUGCGCGCACGUCAAUUGCCCCUUCCAGCUCCAGAAGGAUUGUGGGAAGCACGUACGGCGAAAGAGUGGAACGCAGAGCGUCUAAAGCAAGACCUUGAUCAAAAUCCGCUCAGCCUUGACGACUGGGUCGAAAUACUAUACAAAGACGACGACGACGACAUACCCGUGAUGACGAUGCUCAGCAGCUUCUCGAGGUUCCUUGCAAUUCUAGCCAUAACACAGGACAUUGGAGAGUACGUCAGAGCAUCUAAGAAGUUCGCUCGGCUACACCACAAACACACACAUGAGGAAGAAACCCGAAUUACUACGAAAUGGACGGCACUCCUCACGCGGUGUCACGAUGUGUUGUGCCAGACACCGUGCUUCGAAGAGUCUUGGCCUCUCCACAGACAACUGAUUUCCCAGGCGUACCACUGUACCAUGGUGUCCAUGCAGGCCACCUACAAGGAUCUCUAUGGGUUUGUGGGGUACAAGGCGAGCAGUCGAGAGGUUGACGUGACGAGGUACCGUCUGUCGUCUUGGAUGAUGGAACAGCCUGAUGGCAUGCAGACCGCGUUGGUCCACGCGGUUCGGAUCUUGGUGCACAUGCGGAUCGACAAACCCAAAAACCCUCACGCCGCGUUGAUGGUGUGCAUCGCCACUUUGACCGUCUGGGUCUUCCUGGAUCUCAAGCUGGGGUCGCCGUCGCCGUCGGACGAGGCAAUGGACAUGGGUCGGUGUCCGGCGUGUAGGGACGACAUCCGCGCCAGCCUCGACCGUUGCUGUUUGAAAAGGACGUUUGGUCACGACCUAUCGACUUUCGAAAUCGACUUGAUCCGCGGCACCGUCUCUGUCGAACGUCUCGUCCACGAGAGCUGCGACCUGCUAAAGACCGUGACGUUUUGGCAGAUCAGCAAUGGCAUCAUCUCUUCCCUGAAUUAUCAUUACCAGCUUACCAAAGGCUCAACAAAUUCCGCGAGACUUUGA